AGUGGAACUCUGCUCAGUCGUCUGCUCGCGUCCGAUCUAGCGAGUGGGGCAGGCAGGCGGGAUCAGGUAGUGCCGUGUUUGUCUUGUGAGAGAGAGACGCUAAGUGUAACUAAUUCCUCCAGCGAUUCACCCAACCAAGAAUUAACCAUGUCGCUUAUGACAAUAAAACUAAAUAAGGCCGAAGGCGCAUCAUGGGGCUUCAGGCUACAAGGAGGAAAGGAUUUUGCCACUCCUCUCUGCAUCCAAAAGGUGAAUGGCGGUAGCGUGGCAUCCAACGCAGGACUGCAGGCAGGAGACGCCAUCGUGAAGAUCGGCGGAAAGGACGCUCUCUCUCUGAGGCACAAGGAGGCUCAAGAGGCCAUCCUCAAGGCCGGCAACAGCUUCGAACUCGUUGUCCAGAGAGGAGCCCAGACAUGGAAACCGAGCGUGACUCCUUUGGCUGAAGUAAAGACGACUCCCGAUGGUGUGCCCGUUGUCACGUCAACCUCACUUGCUGCGAACAAACAGCCCAUCCGCCACAUUGGCUCAAACCACAACACCACAGCUAGGCCUUUUCCAGGCUUCACAGGCUCGCAGCCAAACUACUCGUUAGGGCCUCCCACCUCUUUCACGAGCUUCAGUAAAGAUGGUGCUGAUGGCUCGUUCAGUGGAACUUCAUCGAGAAGCACAUCGGGCAGUACUAGUCCUAGUGGUGGGAUACCCGUGGCAGGCACCGGCGUAUCCCUUAGUAAAGAAAACGCCAAAAACUUUCUGAUGAUGACAUUAGACAAAGAGAACUUGAACAUAAACGCCAAUUCGUCCAAGACGAACAAAACCAGUAGCAAUGGGCUCUUCUCGAGUCAGUUUUUAAACAAUAAUGGCGCUGUUGGGGGAACUGUUGGGCACCAGAGAAAAUAUUCAUUGGGCAGUAACGCAUCCACCUGCAGUAGCAAUGACACAGAUCACGAGGCUCUUACCCGUAGGAAUAAUGAAAACUAUGUUCCAGUUGGAGCAGCUUUCAACACUGCUCCCGUACCUUUUGCUGAGGUGAAUGGAAAACAGAUUGUCAAUGCACAAUACAACACACCUCUCAACUUGUACAGCGAGGAGAACAUUGCUGAAACUCUCUCUGCGCAAGCUGAGGUGAUCGGCAAGGGAUGCCUCGGCAUUAACUUCAAGAAAUAUCAACGGGAGACAGUAAUCCAGGUAAACUCUCCGACAUACAAGCUAAUCCACGGAGAUUUGGAUGACACUCCAAAGAAGCCUCGACCCCCUCCGGCUUCUCCCUUUGACAAGGCAAAUCAGCCCCCUCCCCCAGUUGCCUCUUUCCAACGGGUGAAAGCUCCUAUGCCACCCACUCCACAGGCUCCAGCAGCAGCCCCAGCCAAGGCAGCACCAGCUCCCGCACCUCAGCCUCCUAAAGAGGGAGGAGACUCAGACAGCCCCUUACCUGGAGGGCCAGGCCCUGCAGGCACGCGCAGCGUACGAGCCCCAGAGACUAAAGCGAAACCCAAUGGGGUACCUGGCGUGUCUCAGCUCACCAGAUGUUCCGAGUGUGAACGACCCAUUACCGGAGUGUUCGUGCGUAUAAAGAAUAAGAACCUGCACGCAGAUUGCUUCAAGUGUUCAACCUGUGGAUCCUCACUAAAAAAUGUUGGCUACUACAACAUCAAUGAGAAGCUUUACUGUGAUGUCCAUGCCAAGCAGGCUGCUCGCCACAACCCGCCCGCCCCCAACAUGGAGCCCGUCGUGGUCAAGCCCGGUGCUGUCCCGCCCGCUGGAGCAGUGACCGCUUCUGCGGCAAAAGUGGCACCUGCCCCAGCUCCUGCCCCUGCCCCUGCCCCUGCUCCGUUCAAGCCUCCAGUAGGUGGAGUUCGUAUUGUACCAGUGCGUGCGUAUGCCCCGGUAACCCCUGCCAAGCCCGAGCCACAGCCUGUUACCCAAGAACCACAAGAAGUACAACCUGAACCAGAGCCAGAAAUUGUAGAGGCACCCCAAGUGCAGCCCGAGCCUGUUGUUGAGCCUGAACCAGCACCUGCCCCAGUUCCAGAACCUGUUGUGGAGGCUGCUCCUGCCCCAGAACCAGUUCAGGCUGCACCAGAGCCUGCUCCUGCGCCUGAGGUAUAUGCAGUUGAUCAGACUUCUGAAAUUGCUUCGGAAGCCUCAGUUGAGCAUGAGGAGGAGCCUGCUUUGAGUAGGGAGGUAGGAAAAUUGCCUGAUUUGGCAACACAUGAAAGUAAUCUGGGAGAGGUUACAGAAGCAGAUGAUACAUUAUUGGAAGGGCAUGGUGAUGAUGUAAACAAUGGUGAUGUACAGGACCCUGAAAAUGAGCCCGGUGCACUUGACUCUGAUGCUGUGCCAUCAUCAGAAAUUAUACCAGAAUCAGAAGCAGUACCAGUGUGUGAAGUAGGUCCACCCAGUCCCGAAAUAGCACCAUCUCUUGAAACUGCUCAAGAACCUCAGCCAAUAAUUGAGGAUGUGCCAAUCACUGUUGAAGAGUCUAAGACAGUAGUGGAGGAGACGGGGGUACCUGGAGAGUUAGUAACUUCCCAGGCAUCUCCGGAACCUGAACCUGCUGUCCCUCUGCCAGAGCCAGCGCCGGCUCCUGCACCUGCUCCUGUCCCAGUCCAAGUCCCUGUGGUGCCAAUGGCGGCCCCUCCUCCAACCUUUGCCCCGGCGGCCCCAGUUCCCCAGCAGCAAUUUGGUGCUCCUGCUGGGAACAUUAAUGUGCGGUCGCACAUUCCCAAGAAAGCUCCAGCACCAGCACCAGCCUUGGCCCCAGUGCCAAAACCUGCAGCCCCCAAGCCCCAAACUCCUACAGGCCCUGCUCCAGCUCCUGCCCCUGCAUCAACUAUGCCCAAGCCUACGCCAAUACCAGAUAUCGGUGCAGAUGUUUCAGCCAAAGGUGUACAACCACCUGGCCAGAGGACUGCCCCCCGCCGUGGUCGUGGUGUGAUGAACCAGGCUGCCAGUGCCAGGAUACCAGUUUGUUCAGACUGCAUGCGCCAGAUUAGAGGUCCAUUUGUUUCUGCAUUAGGCAAAACAUGGUGCCCUGACCACUUUGUCUGCUCCACUGAAACCUGUCGCAAGCCUCUUAUUGAUAUGGGCUUUGUUGAAGAGCAAGGUUCACUUUACUGUGAAGAUUGUUAUGAACAGUAUUUUGCUCCCAUUUGUGGCAAGUGCGACAAGAGGGUCAAAGGAGACUGUUUAAACGCUGUGGGUAAACAGUUCCAUCCUGAAUGCUUCUGCUGUGCCUACUGUGGUAAAGUGUUUGGUUCUGGCGCAUUCUAUCUAGAAGAUGGAUUACCAUACUGUGAAGCUGACUGGAAUGAUCUGUUCACAACAAAAUGUGUAGGAUGUGGCUUCCCAAUAGAGGCUGGUGAUAGAUGGGUAGAGGCUCUCAACAAUAAUUAUCAUAGCCAGUGUUUCAAAUGUUCGGUUUGUAAAUCGAACCUUGAGGGGAAGAGCUUCUAUGCCAAGAAUGGCCGACCUUUCUGCAAGUCUCAUGCUGGCCGUUAGGCCAAGUCCAGUCAACUUCUUGCUUGAAAUGCAACAAGAACUUAGAGGGCCAGAGUUUCUUCGCCAAAGGAGGUAAGCCUUUCUGCAAGGCUCAUGCUCAGCGUGGUGUCUAGACUACUGCAAGUAUCUGGAUACUGCCCUUCUCUGUAGCUCACCAAGGGUAACAGAUAUGGGGCUAUACAGUCACCAGCAACAGAAUCCAGGGAAGGAAACAAAAGCAACACUGGGAUCAACGAAGCUACAGGAAGAAUUAGUUCAGUAACAAUGCAAAAAUUACUGUUGAGAAAGAGCUCAACAGAUCAAGACCACAUAAUUUUCUUAAGCUCACUUGGUUUUGUUGUUUCCACAUCAACAGUAGUUAUUCCUCGGAAUGGCUUCCCUUCUGGGAUGCCCAAUGAUAAGUUCAUCAGGUUCUGUUGCAUUUAUUUAUUGUUAAUAAACUAUUUCGAUAGGUGAACUAAAGACUUAUGGCAUAGAAUAUAAUUAAGGCACAUAUGUUCACAAUCAAUACUAAGUCAGUGCCUUAAUUUUAUCUAAAUCUUUAUCUUAGGAUAAGAAUAUAUAAGCUUUACAGAGUAGUCUAAGUAUCCGUAAGCCAGUGAAAAAUGGACAAUUAACUGUGGGGUCUGUUACUAAGACCAAUGGUAUGGAACAUGUUCUCUAUCUAAUGCUACAACUUAUUGAAUCUUUCAUGUAUUGUACUUACUGCACAUACAAACAGAUGCAAACUGUGAAUAACUAUCGAAAAAUAGUGUAUAUAUACGAAUUUCAUAAAUGUUUAUUUAAUAUCUUCUUCUUCCCUAUAAACACUGAAAACUUGGCUAUGCUUGCUGAGUCUAUAUAAAUGCUAUGUGUCUUCUGUCUAAAGUUCUUGUGUUUGUGUAUUAUUGGCUAUUAGUUCUUAUCAGAUUACUUUUAUCCCAUAGAGCUUGCUUAAGGGCCAAUGAAACUCAGGAUGGCCCUGUAGCUAACCUGUUAAUGGAUAUAAUUGUGAAAUUUACUCUUGUUAAUUAAAAAAUUGUGCUUUAGAGUAUUCGUUACAGUAUUAUAAAGAAACGUGUGAUUAAUCAUCAGAUGUCAUGUACCUCUGUCUUUGGGGGCUUAACAUAAUAAAAGAGGAAACAAUA